AAUGAUAAUUUUGAAAGAGCUUGAAGAUGGCUGCGCCCAUGAACUGACCCCAUUUAAUUUGCUGAGUGAGAGAAAAAGUCACGAAUUACCCUUCUUUACAUUUUUAUUGUAGCUAUCUGGAAGCAGUAUGAGUAAGGAAAAAGCCGAGGAGGCCAGGGAGCGAGGCAACGACUGCAUGAAGAAAGGUCGCGCCACCGAGGCAUUCUUCUACUACACCGAUGCCAUCAAGCUGAACCCCUCAGACCACCGCGCAUACAGCAACCGCUCUCUGGCUUUCCUGAAGAUCCAACAGCACUGGCAUGCACUGGAGGAUGCUAAGAAGGCCAUCCAACUGAAACCCAAAUGGCCAAAGGGUUACUACAGGAAGGGCCAGGUAGAGUUAGAAACUGGACACUUUCAAGAAGCUGUGGACUCCUAUAAAAAAGCAAUUAGCUUAGAUGAAAGUGACCCCAAACUGAAGGAGGCAUUGGAGAAAGCUGAGGAAGAGGUCAAGAAAAUGAAGGCUGCUGCAAUCAGGAUUCCCCUCAUCAGCAUAUGCAUCGGUCUUCUCAUUGGCAUACCCAUCAUCCUAGCCGAUCAUUAUCUCACAUCCAAACCUUCAAUGGAGGGCUACAUCAAGCUUGUCUUCCUAGUGCUAUUUGGUAUGCUCGGCUUUGCUGGGUCCUGGAUGUACUUUUUCGUACUGACCACUUACAGGGAUGCCAUGCUACAGCCACCGACUGAACCAAAAGAUGGUGAUAAGAAAGAGGAAAACCAGAGUACCAUCCCUAAAACCAGCAAGGAAACCAAGACGACAAAACCAUCUCAGGGAAAUCUCAACAAAAGCAGAGGAACUGGAGAGGCGAGACAAAGAAAGAAAACAGAAAAGACAUAACAUGUUUUCUCUGUAUUUUCUUCAAUUAAUUUAAGAUGUUAAUUAUUUUUAAUUGUUUCUUUUUUAAUCUCUCAUUUGUAAAUCUCAGUACUCACCUUUUUUUUAAAACUCCUGCAGAAAUCUCAAUAACCACAUUUCUAAAUCUAAUGCAGUGAUUUCCACUUUUAAAAGAAUAAGAACAGUUUGUAUGUAGUUUGAAAAUUGGCUGUGUGGGUGCAAAACAUUGAACAUUGAGUUUCUUGGACUGGAAUUUGUGUACACUUUGAAGAGGUACUCUUAAAAGUUCAACAGCAAGAAUGGUGAAAUGUUGCAGUCACUUGCAAGACAAGUCUGCACUACUGCAAAAAUCGCAACUGGAAGUGAAAUACAGGAUGAAGUAAACACAUUACAAAGAAAAUACUGCAUCAUCUAGAAGAAGUGCCAUACUUGAGAUGCUUUGAUUCAUCAUUUUCAGGAAAGAUUUUAAAUCAGGAAACAAUUGGUUCAUAGUGGAACUUUAAAAUAUCUUAAAAUGCUAUUCAAUUUAAUCCACAAAUUGAAGACAAUCUAACUGAGAAUCUUAAAACAGGGAGUUAUUAUAUAUUGUGACCAAAGACAUGAAUUUCAAGUUUGUUACUAUUACUUUAUCAUUAACAUUAGAAAGUGGAUGUUCAGUUCCUUAUUUGAACUCAGACAAUGCUGUUUGUGGACAUUAUGCAAGUAAAACAUAAAUGACAGUUCCAAUGUAUUCCCCUGUGUGGGAUUUGUUUAGGAAUAUAUUUCUGAAAAGUAGCUCUAGCAACAGUUGUACUAUCCAAAACAAUCUGUGUUUGUAAAUUUGCAUUUUGAUUUAAAUGUUUAAACCAAUCUGUCCAUGUAAUAUAGUUUGAUACUGAAAUAUUACAAUUUGUGGAAAAAAAUAAACCAAAUCCUUCAAAGACAAAAAAAAC